CGGGUGUCGGGUGUCGCUGACUCGGGCCGCGGGGGUGUGUGACUCUCUCUCCGGGUCAGUCUCCCGCUCGCGUCUAACAUAUGAGCGUCUCACUGGUCGCCGUGCGUCUGGAGCUUGCGGGCGACUCUCCUCCUCCGCAAGGGUUCGAGUAUUCAGCCAUCAAUAUGUCAGACGACGAGGGUAAAGAGAAGAGAUCGCUCCGUCCAGCGAAGGGCUUGCUGGAGGGUAAAACCACCGAGGAGAAAUCCACCAUCUUACACCAGCACAUCGGCCGGCGAGAGAUGAGGGACAUGGUGAUUGAAACGAUAAGCUCCAGCAAAGAUAAAAGUCCCCCGGAAAGUGUUUCGGAGUCCGAUCAGGAGCUGAAAUCAGUCUCCAGGGCUGUGCAGGGAACAGGCACAACCGAGCCUGUUGACGACAGCAAGGCGGUCAAAGAGCAGGGAGGAACCUUACCGGACUCGCCGUCUAAACAACUGCCCGACCAGAUUUCCUUCUUCAGUGGGAACUCGUCUGUGGAGGUCGUACAUGGAAUUAUGCACUUAUACAAAACCGAUAAAAUGACUUCAUUGAAAGAAGACGUGCGUCGCAGCGCCAUGCUGUGUAUCCUCACCGUGCCCGCCACCAUGACCAGCCACGACCUCAUGAGGUUCGUUGCCCCCUUUGAUGAUUCUGUCGUGCACAUGAAAAUAAUCCGCGACUCCACCCCCAACCAGUACAUGGUGCUCAUCAAGUUUUGCUCUCAGGCAGAAGCAGACAGCUUUUACACUGCCUGUAACGGCCGUCAGUUCAAUUCUAUUGAGGACGACGUCUGUCAGUUGGUGUACGUGGAGAGGGCAGAAGUCAUCAAAUCUGAGGAUGGAGCUAGCCUUCCAGUAAUGGGUGUCACCGAGCUGCCUCCGUGCAUCGUGUGCCUGGAGAGAAUGGACGAGUCGGUAAACGGGGUGCUGACCAUAUUGUGCAACCACAGCUUUCACAGUCAGUGCUUACAGCACUGGGAGGACACCACGUGCCCGGUUUGCAGAUACUGUCAGACUCCCGAGCCAGUGGAAGAGAACAAGUGUUUUGAGUGCGGAGUUCAGGAGAACCUCUGGAUAUGUUUGAUAUGCGGGCAUAUAGGAUGUGGCCGAUACGUGAGUCGUCAUGCUUACAAACACUUUGAGGAGACCCAGCACACGUAUGCCAUGCAACUCACCAACCACAGAGUGUGGGACUACGCAGGAGACAACUACGUGCACCGCCUGGUGGCCAGCAAGACUGACGGCAAGAUCGUUCAGUACGAGUGCGAGGGUGACACGUGUCAGGACGAGAAGAUCGAUGCCCUGCAGUUAGAGUAUUCAUACCUCCUGACCAGCCAGCUGGAAUCCCAACGCAUCUACUGGGAGAAUAAGAUUGUGCACCUGGAGAAAGAUGCUGCAGAAGAGAUCAACAACAUGAAAACGAAGUUCAAAGAGACGAUUGAGAAGUGUGACAGCCUGGAGCAGCGGCUGAACGAGCUGAUAAAGGACAAGCAAGCUCUGGAGAGGAAGUGCUCACAGCUGAACAACAAGGUGUCCAAGCUGGGAAACGAGCUGAAGGAGGAACAGGAGAUGAACAAGUGCCUCCGUGCUAAUCAGCUUCAGCUGCAGAGCAAACUGAAGGAGGAGGAGAAGAGGCUGAGAGAGACGUGCGAGGAGAAAGACCAGCAGAUCACCGAGGCCCAGGAGCAACUGCGCGACAUCAUGUUCUACCUGGAGGCCCAGCAGAAGAUCAACCAGAUGCCGGCCGACACGCGGCAGGAGAUCCAGGAGGGACAGAUCAACAUCGCUGUGGCCGCCAACACCUCUUCCACCGGAGCCAUCACCAAGACAUCCAGGAGAGGGCGAGGCAAGCGGAGCAAGUAGCUGAGAGGGAGGAGGGAAGAGA